AUGGCCACUUCAGACACCAUGCUGAUGCGACCCAGGCGUUUUCAUCGCGUCCUGCCUUCCCUGCUGCUGUGCUUGGCCUGGCUGGUGGUGCACCAGUUGAACUUCGUGCAGGGCGUGGCGUGGGAUGGGACCCGGGCUGCUCAGAGGCAGGUGGCCCAGAGGUUCAGUCGAAAGCCUCAACCGACUAGAUCGGUCCAGGAAGAUGCAGAUGAGAAGAGAGAAGUGAAGAGAUUGACGUCACGAAUGAAGAAAGCCCCCUCGGCAAAGGAACUGGUUAAGGUGUUGGAUGCAGCAAUGGAUGGCCUAUACUUCGACUUUAUCCAUGCAUCAGCUGCAUAUACUCAGUUGGUCACCUUGAAAAGGAGGCAAUGCCUCGAGCAAACGGAUUGGAAGAGCCCGGCGCUUCUCAGACUGCACGCCCAAGUUGAAGAUAUGGCGCUGCAAGACCAGCUGAAUGCGCAGGCUUCAGCCAAUGUUUUGUGGAGCCUUGCUCAAUUGUCUGAGAGGUUCAGCGUACCAACCCAGCUCCUAGCUGCAUUGGUCAAAUCUGUGCCUACCAAGGUGAAAGGCAUGAAUGCGCAAGGGAUUUCCAACAUCUUCUGGGCAUCCGCAAAAGUCAAGGAUGUUGCGCCUGUUAUGCUUGAAAUGGUGCCAGCCAUUGUGGCGCAGAUUCCCAAGAAAGCCAAGGACAUGGACGCGGUGCCAGCCAUUGUGACCCAGAUCCCCGGCAAAGCACAGGACAUGAUCCCGCAGCAUUUGUCCAACUGCCUCUUUGCAUGUGCGCAGCUCAAGGAUGAAGUGCUCAAGGUGGUGGAGAUUGUUCCAGCCAUAGUGGGGGAAAUCUCGUUGAAGAUCAGCGACAUGAGCCCCCAGCAGUUGUCGAACAGCUUAGAGGCGCUUGUCCUUCUUCAUGACUCAGUCCCUGAAGUUGAAGUUUUUCUCAAAGAUGGUGGAAGCAUGGAUGACAUCAUGAGGUCUGCAGCGGCGCGUUUGAACACUUUACUCCCAAGAAUCAGAGGAAAGGACUUCAGUUUCACAGUGCCAGUUGUAGUUUGGGCUUGUGCCAUGGCCGAAAUGUACGAUGAUGAGUUGUUGGAUUCGGUGGCCACGCGCCUUGGCUCCCGUACCAAGCUGUCAGCCUUGCCGGACUUCGGUGUAUGCGCCUUGUCCUGGUCAUAUCAAGUGCUCGACACCGACGAUGACUUCGAGGACUUCAAGGCGCUGCUGAUGUCCGAAACGAAGAAGAGAGGAUUUAGUGAGGCAAUUGUGCAAAGUUGCCCGCUCGGGCGAUCAGCUUCGCUGGUGGUGCACCAGUUGAACUUCGUGCAGGGCGUGGCGUGGGAUGGGACCCGGGCUGCUCAGAGGCAGGUGGCCCAGAGGUUCAGUCAGAAAGGUCAACAGGCUCCAGGGGAGCUCAAUGCAGAUGGCAAGGUGGAAGCCAGGAGGUUGACAUCAAGCAUCAAGAAAGCGUAUUCAGCUGAGAAGCUGAUUGAGGUUUUGGAUCGGGCAGUGGAUGGCCCGAUCUUCAACUUUUUCCAUGCGUCAGCUGCCUACACCCAGCUGGCAAGGUUGAAACGGAAAAGGGACCUGCAACAAAGCGAUUGGGAUAGCCCAGUGCUUCUCAGGUUGCACACCCGAGUUGAACACAUGAUGGGGGAAGACCAGCUGGAAGCGCGGGCUUUAGCCAAUGUGUUGUGGAGCAUUGUGCAGUUGGCAAAUCAGCUCAACAUACCAACCCAGCUUCUGGCUGCCUUAGUCAAAUCUUUGCCUGCCAAGGUGAAAGGUAUGGAUGAACAAAACCUUUCAAACAGCUUGUGGGCAUGUGCAAAGCUCAAGGAGGUUGCAUUUGCAUCCACUGUGCUUGAAAUUGUGCCAGCCAUAGUGGCCCAGAUUCCCAAAAGAGCGAAGGACAUGGUCCCACAGCAUUUGUCCAACUGCCUUUGGGCAUGUGCGAAGCUCAAGGAUGUUGCGCCUGAUGUUUUGGAGGCGGUGCCGUCCAUUGUGGCCCAGAUUCCAGAGAGAGCAACAGACAUGGUGCCACAGGGAUUGUCCAACUGCCUUUGGGCAUCGGCGCAGCUCAAGGAUGUUGCGCCUCAUGUGUUGGAUGCUGUGCCUGCCAUCGCGGUCCAGAUCCCCAACAAAGCCAAAGACAUGAAGCCGCAAGAAUUGUCCAACUGCCUGUUGGCAGCUACGCAGCUCAAGAAAGAAGUGCCGCAGGUGUUGGACAUCAUCUUGGCCAUUGUAGGGGAGAUCCCUGUUAAGAGUAAAGACAUGAGUCCCCAGGAUUUGUCCAACAGCUUGGAGGCCCUUGGCCUUCUUCGUGAUUCAGUCCCUGAAGUUGGUGGCGUGGAUGAGAUUUUGAGGUCUGCAGCAGCCCGUUUGAACAGUUUACUUCCAAGACUCAGGGGAAAGGACUUGAGUUUUGCAGUGCCGGUUGUCAUUUGGGCCUGCUCCAAAGCCGGAGUGUACGACGGUGAGUUGUUGGGUGCCGUUGCCAGGCGCCUUGGCUCCCGUAGCAAGCUGUCAGCCUUGCCGGACUUCGGUGUGUGCGCCUUGUCCUGGUCGUAUCAAGUGCUCGACACCGACGGUGACUUCGAGGACUUCAAGACGCUGCUAAUGUCCGAAACGGAGAAGAGAGGAUUUAGUGAGGCAGAUGUUCAAAGUUGCCCGCUCGGGCGGCCCAGGGGUGUUCAUCGUGUUGUGCCUUGCUUGCUGCUGUGCGCAGCCUCGCUGGGGCAGCUAUUUUUGGAUGUGCUGCACCAGUUGAGCUUCGUGCUGGGCGUGGUCUGGUAUGGGACCAGGGCUGCUCAGAGGCAGGUGGCCCAGAGGUUCAGUCAGAAAGGUCAACAGGCUCCAGGGGAGCAGGGUGAUACAGACGACAAAGCCAAAGCGAAGAAAUUGACAUCAGGAAUAAAGAAAGCUCAAUCGGCAAAGGAACUGAUUGACGUUUUGGAUGAAGCAGUGGGUGGCUCAAUCUUCAACUUUAUCCAUGCAUCAGCUGCCUACACCCAGUUGGUGACCUUGAAAAGGAAGAGGGGUCUGCAAGGAAAAGAUAUGGAUAACCCGGUGCUUCUCAGGCUGCAUGCCCAGGUUGAAGACAUGAUACUGAACGACCAGUUGAACGCGCAGGCUUCAGCCAAUGUUCUGUGGAGCAUUACACAGUUGUCGGAUCGAUUCAGCAUUCCGACCCAGCUGCUGGCUGCAUUGGUCAAAUCUGUGCCUGCCAAGGUGAAAGAUAUGAACGCACAAGAGAUUUCCAACAUCUUCUGGGCAUCUGCAAAAGCGAACGAUGUUGCACCUGUUAUGCUUGACAUGGUGCCAGCCAUUGUGGCCCAGAUCCCCAAAAGAGCGAAGGUCAUGGUCCCACAAGCAUUGUCCAACUGCCUUUGGGCUUCUGCGCAGCUCAAGGAUGUUGCGCCUCAUGUUUUGGAGGCGGUGCCAGCCAUCGUCAUGCAGAUCCGCAAGAAAGCAAAGAACAUGAAACCGCAAGAGUUGUCCAACUGCCUUUGGGCUUCUGCGCAGCUCAAGGAUGUUGCGCCUCAUGUUUUGAAGGCGGUGCCAGCCAUUGUGGCCCAGAUCCCCUGCAAAGCACAGGCCAUUGUGGCCCAGAUUCCGAACAAAGCGAAAGACAUGGCCCCACAAGCAUUGUCCAACUGCCUGUUGGCAUGUGCGCAGCUGAAGGACUAUGCGCCCAAGGCCUUGCAGAUCGUGCCUGCCAUUGUCGGGGAGAUCCCAGCAAAGCUCCAAGGCAUGAACCCCCAGGAAAUGUCCAACAGCUUGGAGACCCUUGUCCUUCUUCGUCAUUCAGUCCCUCAAGUUGGUGGCAUGGAUGAUAUUUUGAUGUCUGCAGCAGCCCGUUUGAACAGUUUACUUCCAAGACUCGGAGGGAAGGACUUCAGCUUCACAGUGCCUGUUGUCAUCUGGGCUUGUGCCAAAGCCGGAGUGUACGAUGGUGAGUUGUUGGGUGCGGUGGCCACACACCUUGGCUCCCGAACCAAACUGUCAGCCUUGACAAGGUUUGGCGUAUGUGCUUUGUCCUGGUCGUAUCAAGUGCUCGAUGCUCAAGAUGACUUCGAGGACUUUAAGACGCUGCUGAUGUCAGAAGCUGAGAGGUUUCAUGCACUCACUUUCCGACGUUUGCUGCACCGACUCUUCCGAAUGCGUUGUCGGAAAAAAGAUGUGGAAUUCUCAGGGCCAAACUUCAAGAACCCUUGGAACGAUUCACUCUACUUGGUGAAUGGGCCUUUGGCGUUUCCAUCAUGUCCUGCCUUCCCUGCUGCUGUGCUUGGCCUGGCUGGUGGUGCACCAGUUGAACUUCGCUCAGAGGAAGAUGCAGAUGAGAAGAGAGAAGUGAAGAGAUUGACGUCACGAAUGAAGGAAGCCCCCUCGGCAAAGGAACUGAUUGACGUUUUGGAUGAAGCAGUGGGUGGCUCAAUCUUCGACUUUAUCCAUGCAUCAGCUGCCUACACCCAGUUGGUGACCUUGAAAAGAAGGAGGUGCCUGCAACAAGAGGUGAAAGGUAUGGAUGAACAAAACCUUUCAAACAGCUUGUGGGCAUGUGCAAAGCUCAAGGAGGUUGCAUUUGCAUCCACUGUGCUUGAAAUUGUGCCAGCCAUAGUGGCCCAGAUUCCCAAGAACGCCAACGACAUGGUCCCACUGGCAUUGUCCAACUGCCUUUGGGCAUCCGCGCAACUCAAGGAUGAAGUGCCCAAGGUGGUGGAGAUUGUUCCAGCCAUAGUGAGGGAAAUCUCGUUGAAGAUCAACGACAUGGUACCCCAACAGUUGUCGAAUAGCGUGGAGGCCCUUGUCUUGUCCUUCUUCAAGACUCAGUUGCUGAAGUUGAAGGCUUUCUCGCAGCUGGUGGACGGGGGGAAUGACAUCCUGAGUUCUGCGGCGGCACGUUUGAACACUUUACUUCCAAGACUCGGCAAGGACUUCCGUUUCACAGUGCCAGUUGUAGCCUGUGCUUGCGCCAAAGCUGAAGUGUACGAUGGUGAGUUGUUGGCAUCGGUUGCCAGGCGGCUUGGCUCCCGUAGCAAGCUGUCAGCCUUGCCGGUGGUGAAUGCUUGUAGUCAGCCUGCCCUUAGCACCGGUUUCCAAGAGUGCUCCUCGGACGCGGAACGCUUGGUAGAACAUGACAGGUUGAUGAGGGAAUCCUGCAUCCUGUAUUUCAAUAUGCGUUUUCAUCGUGUUGUGCCUUGCUUGCUGCUGUACGCAGCCUGGCUGGUGGUGUUUGAUGCACUGCACCGUUUGAGCUUUGUGCAGGGCGUGGCUUUGCAUGGGACGAGGGCUGCUCAGAAGCAGGUGGCCCAGAGGUUUAGCCGACAACGUAAACCGACUCGAGGGGAGCCGGAUGCAGAUGGCAAGGCGGAAGCAAAGAGGUUGACAUCAGGCAUCAAGAAAGCGUAUUCAGCUGAGAAGCUGAUUGAGGUUUUGGAUGGGGCAGUGGAUGGCCCGAUCUUCAACUUUUUCCAUGCGUCAGCUGCCUACACCCAGCUGGAAAGGCUGAAACGGAAAAGGGACCUGAAACAAAGGCAUUGGGAUAGCCCAGUGCUUCGCAGGCUGCAUGCCCAGGUUGAAGACAUGAUACUGAAACACCAGUUGAAUGCGCAGGCUUCAGCCAAUGUCUUGUGGAGCAUUGCGCGGUUGGCAAAUCAGCUCAGCAUACCAACCCAGCUUCUGGCUGCCUUAGUCAAAUCUGUGCCUACCAAGGUCAGAGGCAUGAAACCACAAGAGUUGUCGAACUGCAUGUGGGCCUCUGCCAGGCUGAAGGAUGUUGCACCGGUUGUGCUUGAAAUUGUGCCAGCCCUUGUCGCCCAGAUCCCCAAAAGAGCGAAGGACAUGGGCGCACAAGAGUUGUCCAACUGCUUGUGGGCAUCUGCGCACCUCAAGGAUGUUGCGCCUCAUGCUUUGGAGGCGGUGCCAGCCAUUGUGACCCAGAUCCCCUGCAAAGCACAGGGCAUGAUUCCACAGCAUUUGUCCAACUGCCUUUGGGCAUCUGGGCAGCUCAAGGAUCUUGCGCCUGAUGUUUUGGAGGCAGUGCCGGCCAUUGUCGCCCAGAUCCCCGACAAAGCACCGGACAUGAUCCCGCAACAUUUGUCCAAUUGCCUGUUUGCAGCUGCGCAGCUCAAGGGUGAAACGCCGAAGGUGUUGGAAAUUGUGCCCGCAAUGGUCGGGAAAAUUCCCUUGAAGCUCCAAAACAUGACACCACAGGAAAUGUCCAACAGCUUGGAGGCCCUUGUCCUUCUUCAAGACUCAGUCCCUGAAGUUAAAGGCUUUCUUGCAGCUGGUGGAAGGGUGGAUGACAUCCUGAGGUCUGCAGCCAAACGUUUGAACAUUUUACUUCCACAACUCAAAGGAAAGGACUUCAGUUUCACAGUGCCUGUUGUAAUCUGGGCUUGUGCCAAAGGUGGAGUGUACGAUGGUGAGUUGUUGGGUUCAGUUGCCAGACGCCUUAGCUCCCGUACCAAACUGUCAGCCUUGCCGGACUUCGGUGUGUGUGCCUUGUCCUGGUCGUAUCAAGUGCUCGACACUGACGAUGACUUCGAGGACUUCAAGAGGCUGCUGAGGCGUUUCCAUCAUGCGAUGCCCUGCUUGGUCCUCCUGUGCUUGGCCUGGCUGCUGUUUGAUGCGCUUCAACAGCUGAGCUUUGUGCAGGGCUUCGGGUGGUCUGGGCACAUGGCCACCCAGAGGCAGGUGACAAGGAGAUCGGCCCAAAAAGGUCAACAGACUCCAGGGGAGCAGGAUGAUGCAGAUGACAAAGCCAAAGUGAAGAAAUUGACAUUAAGAAUGAAGAAAGCCCAAUCGGCAAAGGAACUGAUGGACGUUUUGGAUGAAACAAUGGGUGGCCCGAUCUUCGACUUUAUCCAUGCAUCAGCUGCCUACACCCAGUUGGUGACCUUGAACAGGAGGAAAUGCCUCGAGCAAACGGAUUGGGAGAGCCCGGUGGUUCUGAGGCUGCACGCCCGAGUCGAAGAUAUGGCGCUGCAAGGCCAGCUGAAUGCGCAGGCUUCAGCCAAUGUGUUGUGGAGCCUUGCGCGGUUGUCUGAUCGAUUUAGCAUUCCGACCCAGCUGCUGGCUGCAUUGGUCAAAUCUGUGCCUACCAAGGUGAAAGAUAUGAACGCACAAGGGAUUUCCAACAUCUUCUGGGCAUCCGCAAAAGCCAAGGAUGUUGCACCUGUUAUGCUUGACAUGGUGCCAGCCAUCGCGGCCGAGAUCCCAAAGGACAUGGACGCACAAGGAGUGUCCAACUGCUUGUGGGCAUCUGCGCAGCUCAAGGAUGUUGCGCCUGAUGUUUUGGAGGCGGUGCCAGCCAUUGUGACCCAGAUCCCCGGCAAAGCAAAGGACAUGAUUCCACAGCAUUUGUCCAACUGCCUCUUCGCAUGUGCGCAGCUCAAGGAUGAAGUGCCCAAGGUGCUGGAUAUUAUUCCCGCCAUUGUCGGGGAGAUCCCCGUGAAGCUCCCAGACAUGAACCCCCAGCAAUUAGCAAACAGCUUGGAGGCCCUUGUCCUUCUUCGUGAUGCAGUCCCUCAAGUUGAAGGUUUUCUUGCCGCUGGAGGCGGCAUUGAUGACAUCCUGAGAGCUGCAGCGGUGCGUUUGAACACUUCAGUUCCAGGACUCAGAGGAAAGGAUUUGAGCAUGGCAGUGCCUGUCGUAGUUUGGGCUUGUGCAAAAGCCGGAGUGUACGACGGUGGCUUGUUGAGUUCGGUUGUCAGCCGCCUCGGCUCCAAAACUGCACUGUUGUCUGUACGCGGUUUCAAUCUAUGCGCCUUGUCCUGGUCGUAUCAAGUGCUCGUCGAUGCCCGAGAUGAUUUCACAGACUUCCGGAAGCUUCUGCUGACUGAGGCCACGCGAAAAGGCUUUAGUGAGGCAGAUGUGCAAAGUUGCCAGCUUGGGCGAUUCCAAUGGAACCGCGCGUAGCUUCAGCAUGGUUCAUCAAGCUUGGCACACUCUCGGCACUUGGGAGGCAAA